UCAGAAAGAGCCAGCGAAAUUUGAAAUGUUGCUACAACGAUUGACACUGAUGUUUGAAAGCUUGGUCUUCUGCUUAUAAACGUUAAAAUGCACAUGCAUGGUACUUAGAUAUGGUAUGAAUGAAGAAGAUGACUGGACCCAGAGAGAUGAAGAAUUUGUCAAGGAAAUCCUAUGGUUCAAAGCCAAGUAAGGAAUCCCUCAUUUCAAGAGGUUUAUUGGUUGAGAAACCAUCUCAGAACAAAAGAGAUGUUGCGGCCCAGCCAUCAACAUCUGGUUAUUCUUUAUAUUCCACUGACUCGGAGGAUCCUCUUCCAGUGACAAACAGAGGACUUGACCGAUGUGCUGCACUUCUUGCGAAUAUUCUUGAAGGAGAAACACCAAAUAAUCAACUUAAAUAUAGUGCACCCAGCAUGACAGAUCACAAAAGAAAUUUGACCAAGCAUAAACCAAUGAAAGCAAAACAUGGAAAGGUAGAGAAGGGAAGACAAAAAGUUACGGUGAAAAAAGGUAUAAAGGUGAAAGUUGAUCCAAUCAAAAAGAAAGAGAAUCGUUCCAGUCAAAAAAUGGCAUCACAGGGAGUUACAGCAUUUCAUCAGCGACUGGUGACAUCAACUCCCUCCAAGAAAAUGCUCCCUCCAGAAACACUUCUAAGCCGUGAUAAUCAGAAUCACCAGAACCCUGCAAAGAAAUCCGUCCCCUAUACCCAGCCAAAACCAUAUCAACAGGUAGUAAAACAGUCUGCGAAAGAAAUGAAGAGAAAUGUGUGCAUGCGAGGUAAAUAUUCAACAAAACAGAAAAAGUCACCUCAGCAAAAACUCUCCCAAAGUUUUUCUGAGACGGAUGAAGAAACUGAUUAUGAACAGGAGGGGGAUGUCACACCCACUAACCAGGGGACGGCUGAUGCUGAGGUUCCUGCUUGUCAGUCACCUGUUGUUGCAAGGGUUAGUGAAUCUGAAGCGAUCUCAGGGGGAGAUGAGAUUCUAAGCAAACAAUGUGUCAAUCAACUAAGGACAGCCAAGUACCUAAUGGGUGAAUUGCAGGCACUACUUCAAGCUAACUGUGACGUUGAAACACAGCGGUUGUUGAAUGAGAUGGACCAAACGCUGAACACGAUUCCUCAUCAUACCACCCAUGCUCAAGCAUUGCCCACUGACAUUGAACUUGCCCUCCAACCACUGCGAAAUGAAAACAGUCACCUUCGGCGGAAAUUACGAAUAUCUAACCAAAAAAUGCGUGAUGUGGAAAGCCAGCUAAAAGAGCAUGAUAAUCCAAGUUUUGAGUUAUUGAGUUCAAAAGCUUUGGUGGAGGUUCUACAACUCAAACUCAAAGAUGAGCAGAAAGUCACAGAAAAAUUGAAGAAAGAAAACGAAAUCAUGAAAAAAGAAAAAUGCAAAUCUGUGAAAGAAAAUUUGUCCACUGAUGAAAAUCAGAUACAGCAUGAUGUUUUAGAGCAGGAGUGUGAAGCAUUGGCAAAACAAUUAGGUCAAAAUAAAAUUGACCUUCAGUGCAUACAGCUUCAAUUGCAAGCAAAGCAAAAAGAAAUUAAUAUUAAAGAGUUGUGCCUUAAUCAGAAGGACGAAGAAAUUAAACGAAUGAAAGAAAUAAAUGAGAGUUUACAGCAAACCAUAUCCUCCCUGUUAGUAGAACUAAAGAACCAUUCAGGAAAGCAGCAAUCAGCCCACCUUACGGCCUGGACACAAGAUACAGAGGGCGCUACAUGUAGAUACACAUCAGAUUGGGUGAACUCACAACAUCCAUUAAGCAAGAUGGUGAAAGACAAAUCUGAUGUAGGCGAAACAGAGAGAAAUUCAAGAACUGAACGUUUUUUCACUGAUAAGAGAGGGAGGGACGAUAAUUUAGACAAAUAUAAAGAGGCAUUGAAUAAUUUCCCAAACUAUGAAUCAGACUCUCAUAUAUCUAUACCCAAUUUUCAGGAUGAAUCAGUAUUUAAAGAGACACAUCAUUGUGGUAUUCAGCCUGGUGGUAUUCCUGAUGAUAUUCAGGACUAUGAGGCCAAUAGAAUACCUGGACCUAAACAACUUUCACAUGACAAUGUAUCACACGAUCUACAUGAGCAUUUAUUACAUGGUCAUUCAUUACAUGGUAUACAUGACCAUGUGUUGUAUAGAGACCAUUUGUCUCAUGAUUUCUUGGACCAUGCGUCUCAAAAUUUACAUGAACGUAUUAUGCAAAAAGGACCAGAAAACAUGUUGCAUAAAUCUGAUGAUGCUUUUCUCAGAAGUGGAAAAUAUAUUGUAGAAUCUCAUCGACCAAAGAUGUUGCCUACUUUACUAAAGACUGAUACUUUAGAAAACAUGAUGCUUAGUACCAAAAAUGCUGUUGAUAGUACACCGUCAGAAACUACGGUGUCGUCGGUUACCUCAAGAGAUGAAUACAUUUUCCAGGAAGGUCUGAAUAAGUUAGAUCAAGACAUAGAGACACUACAGCAGAACCUUAUACACAUGGGCAUAUCGUUGAAGUAUAACACAUUUCCAAAACAUUGAUAAUUAAAGGGAUUUCAAUAAUUUUUCAA